UUAUUUAAUAUAUAGUAAAAUAACUAACUUCAGUGUUUUUAAAAGUUUUUGUUUUGAGGCGUCUAGUAUCUUUUGUUGUGACAAAAUUCGCUGAUUAAAGACAAACACCGGAACAUUAAGCCAUGAAAAUUGAAAAUACAGUUAUAGUUUUAAAGAAACAGUAUAUAUGCUAUAACAGUAUAUAAACAGUAUAUUUAGCAAUAAAGUUGGAAUUGCAAACUUGUUUAACUUGUUAAAAUAAAAGCUGAGUAAAAAAAGAAUCGCGCAGAGAAACAAAUUUCAAAAACACGAGGAGGAGAAAAUAAAAACGAAAAGGAAACACUUUAUUGGCAUUAAAAACAGUAGAUGCAAACUUUACAAAUUAAAUGUAAUUCAAACAAAAUGUCUAAGCCCGAGCCCAAACGUGUUGCCUUAUCUACUAUAAGUCAGACUGCCACAUCCAGUGCAUUAAGUGGAGCUGGUGCCUUCACCACUGGAUCCACGUCAUUGUUAAGGUUUGGAAGCGAGUUUUUGCAAGAUGAUGACAAAAAUGAGAAAGAGGAGAAGAAUCGCAACAAGACAGUACGUUUAGAAUUGAAACUCUUUCAAACAGACUCCUCUACAUACCCGGAAUUUAAUUACUCGAAAUUAAUGUUUUUGGAAAAAAAAAAACAAAAGAAAAUAAAACAGAAGAGGGCUUCAUCCGAUCCGUUCGCUGACAACGAUGACGAUGUAGCCCGUAUUGCAAGAGAGUUGGAACUUAAAUAUGGUAAUGCGUACAGCAAGGGAAGUAAAAAAGAUGAUCAUUGUGAUAAAGGAGUAGGUUAUGAUGAAAGCGAUCCCUUUAUAGACAACACAGACGCGUAUGAUGAAGUUAUCCCUGAGGAAGUUGAAACCCUAGAAGGUGGUUUCUAUAUUAAUUGUGGUGCGUUGGUUUUUAAAAAUUUAAAAACAGAUGUACCUAAAACGAAAACAGAUGAAAUCAUUAAAAUGCCAAAUAGAAAUAAAAAACGCAUAGUUUCAUCUUCAUCUGAAGAGUCGUCGACUUCUUCAUCAUCAUCCGGAGAUGAAGAAGAUGACGCUGAAGACGAAAGUGAAGAUUCUGGUGAAGAUACAGCAGUUGAAAAUGCGAAAAGUAAAACAGGAAGUGUUUCAAGUAAUUCAUCGGCAAAAAAUAUAAAAAAUAACGUAGCUAAAGUGAAAUUGCAACAAAAUGGUAACAAAGUCAAACCAUUCAGUUUAUCGUCCUCAUCUUCCAAUUCACCCAAGCCCACAACUGAUGAAAUUGGUUCAGAUUAUGAAAAAGAACGCCCUUUGCAAAAAACAGUAAAAACAACUACCGUAAAGGACAUGCUAAAGGCGAAACGCGAUAAUUUUCUGAAAUCUCAAGCAGGCAGUGAUACAAACUCGCUUAAUGGAGAAGUCAAAGGAGCAGUAACUAAAUCUUCCGAUGAUGACUCUAGUAGAAAUUCAGUUAAUUCUGAUAAUAACUCGCAGAACGCAAAAAAAUUCAACGCUGAAGACAAAGUCAACAAAUUGCGUUCAUCAGACACAAAACUUCCUGAGCUUGAUGCUGAGAUCUUGAAAAGUAUUAUUGAGUUUCGAGAUAGUAUGAAAAUAAAAAGUAUAAACGGAAAAAAUUUUUCUAUGGAUGAAAAACAUAUGACCCAAUUUUUAAAAAUUGACGAGUUCUUGAUAGGUGUAGAUAAAUCGAAGAGAAAUAUGGUUUUUGCACAUUUGGAAUACCAUUUGGGAUUGCCAAAAUACUACUUGCAACAUACGGGGAAGAAAAUGCGUGUUAAUGAGGAAAAACUGAAAGGCUUACAAACUUUAAAGAAAUUACGAAAAGCAAUUGAUUAUAUAAUGACGAAUGCCAUUCCAAGUUACGAGUCUGAAUUACGAAAAUAUGCAGAAUCCCAAGUCGAUGAUUUGAACAAUGAUCAGCCACCAAAUAUGCCAAAGAAGAAAUUUCCGUUUACAUCUUACAUAAGGAAUUUGAUUUAUGAAUGUUAUGAAGUCCGUUUGGCAUCAUUUUCCGUACUUGGUGUCCGGAAUCAAACAAUCGAAGAUUUCGUUAAUAUAUAUUUUAAAGAAAAAGUUGUCAAACUUUGGCCUCCGGGCUGGAUGACCCAGGAGGAACUUAAAAAGGAACUUGAUAAAGUAAAGACGCAAAAAAAGGCAACAAAAAAGAAUUCACAAAGCAAAUCUGUUAAUACCAUGAUUCAGCAAAUCGCUGAAUGGCCAUCUACAAAACAUUUGGAAGACUUGCCCACCAGUAGUCACUCACGUGCAAAUUCAGAUACGGAAUCUGUAGCAAGCAGUGUUGCGUCCAAUAGUUUAAAACGAAAAAACAGAGAUGAAAAUAAGCAAAGUAAAAAUAAAGCUGCAAAAUCUAAUGCUGAUAAAAAAAAUACUGGCGAAUAUAUGACCAGUAACAAAAAUCACAUGCCUAUAACUGCCAAUGUAGGAUUAGAUCCCACAUAUGACCAGACCUUAACCUCUAAAAGAACUGACUAUAAUAUAUACAAAACGUCACUGUCAUCAUCGUCUACUGCUACAACAACAGCCAUUUCUACUAUGAGUAAAACUCUACAAACUGAAAAACAUUCCACGGGAGAAAUAACACCCCACGUUAUCAAUCUUGAUGAUUUUAAGAGCACGAAAGAUAUAUUACAAACAUCAAAGCAAUUAAUAAACACAGCUACUUACACCAACCCUAUACCAUCAAAUACUGCAACUCUGUUAAAUUCAUCUUACACUAUAGACUUAGAUUUAAAAAGCAAUAGCAGCGAGUCGGAUUGCGUAGAAGUCGUUGAAGUUUUUCCACCACCCAAACCUACUUUGCCAAAGUCAAAAUCAAAAAAGACAAAAAUAGAAAAUAUGCAUAACUUUGGAGUAUUUGGUGAAGUUUCUAAUUAUAUGACUUCAGGCAAUUUAAAUUCAAAUUAUAUAAAUAACAAUAACAACAAUAACUAUAAUAGAAAAUUACAACUGCCUAAUGCAACUAAGAUUGGGAAUGACUUUUCUGGUGGGGUCAAACAACUCACGAAUGUGGAUGUUAAUCAAGUUGUAAAAGCUUUGAGAGAUUUAGAGGAUGAAGUAUCGCAAAAAUCAAAGCUAAGUAAUCCUUCACAAAGCACGUUUGCAAGAAACAAAUGACAAGCACCAUUACAACAAGCUCAGACAAUUGGUUUCUAUGACUAUAUAACCCAUUGCACAACAAUCACAAAGUCACCACCAAACAAAGUCGCAGCCUUUCCAUCAUUUAAAAAUAUGCCAACACUGCCACUACAAUUAAUAGCACCUCCGCCGCCUAUACCUGUUUCACCACCUAUAACACCACCUCCAUUACAAUCAGUGGCCUUUAUGCCUUCAUUAGAUGUCGCAUUUUCCACGGAUACAACAUCGCAACAGUUACAAAAGUCAAUUUUUAAGUUUUAGUCUUAUUGAUUGAGAAUAAAAAAUAUUGUGUUGGCGAUAUUGUUUUUCCA